AAGUUCUACUAGUACCAUUAGAUAACCCCAUGAAUUACAACAUCAUAACGUGUCUCGCUCACUAUUUCGCUUUCGUUUCAAACUAUGAGUUCAAACGACAUUCUCGUGGAGAUUCCAAACCACCACCUACCCAAAUUGGCCGCUUUGUUUGAAAACAAAGCCCCAUGGGCCCCUCACAUGGUCACUUUUGUGCACAUCGCAAUGAAAUGGAAAGAAAAUACCAAAUACAAAGACAAAAUAGUGUUCUUAUCACCGUAUAACUGCUGGGAAACCGAUGGUACCAUCAUCGUGAUCGUCCAGUUAUUGUCAACGCAAGACCUUUACGUAUUUACUUUAGACGAUCAGUGCACUAACCUUUACAAAGGUCUUCUUGAAACCAAUCUCAUAACUUAUGCCAACAAACGCUCACUUUUUUACGCCGUUCAUGAAAAACACGUGCCAACGGUGAAGAAGUACCUAGACAAGAAGCAAAUUUCAGUUGAAGAGAAACCGUGCUUUAUGUAUGCGAUAGCUCCAGAAGAGGCAACAAAAUUCACGCUGGAUUUUAGGUGCUCUGAUGUUUACGUGAAGACGCUGGAACCUUCAGCGGCUAAACGCAUUAAUGAUUUGUGGCCGCACAAAUUUUUACAAUCCGAGCAGUACUUGGCUAGUUUGAUAGACGUGAACGGGGGAUAUGGAGCUUUUUUGAAAAGUACCGGCCAAAUGGUUGCUUGGGUUCUAAAACACACUUUUGGACACGUAGCGAUCCUGCAAACCGAAGAAGAACAUACGAGGAAGGGGUACGCGACUUUGGUCACCAAAGCGUUGUGUAGAGAAAUGGCGGAAGACGGGUUUUGGCCGGUUAGUACCAUGUUACUGGAGAACAAGAGCUCAGUAGCGAUGUUUGAAAAACUAGGCUUUCGUAGUAUCGGAGGUUGCAGUUUUCUAGUACCACAAUGCUUUAUUUCCCAAGCCUAACAUCUACAGCAUUAUCAUUAAACAAAAGUAUCUCGUACGAA